AUAUACAAACAGUUUGAACACAGAGAGAGAAAGAGAGAGAGAGAGAGUGUGUAUGUGCGUGUGUGUUAGGGUUUCUAUUACGGAGUGUUUGGGAGCUGCAUAGGAGGUUUCUCGGGGCCUAGAAAGUCCGAGAAAAUGGCGAGAAACGGAGAGGAAGAGAACCCGCAGAGAGGUAACUCUGGUUCUGCAACCGCCGCCGUCGGGGUUAGAGCCAGAGCCGACCCUUUCCUGGUCGUUUGCCGAUGCUUCAGCUUCAUCACAGCAGUGGCUGCCAUUCUUUGCAUUGCUGUCAAUAUUCUUUCUGCCGUUCGAUCUUUCAAGAACGGAUCCGAUAUAUUUGAUGGCAUAUUUCGGUGCUAUGCGGUUGUGAUUGCACUCUUCGUUGUGGUUGCCGAGACAGAAUGGGUAUUCAUCAUGAAGUUCUGGAAGGUUCAUUUUCUAGUUUCUAAUUUUGGAUUUUAAUUUGUCCCCCAAAAAUAUGAAUUUCUAUUAAAUUUAACUUUUGAAGCGUUUUGCAUCUGGAUAACUUUUAGUUUUUACUUUCUUUAUGUUAAUUAAAUUGCAAAUGCUGUGUUUUCAGUUAUUGCCUUUACUUAGCCAGUUAGAAUUGAUGGACCAACCACCAAUCUUAUUCUUGUUCCUUAUUUUGCAAGAUCAAUUGGAGGAAUAAAGGAAGGAAGUUUAGGAUUUGGGAUUGAAUGAAAUUUAUAUUUAUAAAAAUAAAAAAUAAAAAAAAGUAGAGUAUUUAGGAUGCUGAAGGACUGCAGCACUUCAUCUUUUUAAAUCUUAAUUACUGUCACCCCUUAUAAGGAUAAACAAAAAUAUUUUAAGUUUGUUUCCCUAUUUAUUCGAGGGGACCAAGCUUCAUGAAUAGGAACCAUCAGGUCUGAUAUUGGCCUGGGCUAUAUAGGAACAAUGAAAAUAUACUCGCUUGACGUCUUUAUUCUAGGUGAAUGUCGCGUUUGUAAUGCUCUCUCUCUCUCUCUCUCUUUUUUUUUUUUUUUCUCUUCUUGUGGAGUGUGGGAGGGCAAUCCCCAGGAUAUACACAUUCUAAUUAGGGCACUGCAAAUUAGAAACCAAAUCUUAUUUUAUUUACAAAACAUUCAGUUACAAAUGUAUACUUCAGGCUUCAACUAUGAGCUGUAAGAAAUCUCUCAUUCCUUUUAUCUCCAUCUUUAUCCAAAAAUGCAUAGAGGGAUGCAAUGCAAGGCCAUCACUUGCAUUCUCUAGCUAGCCAUCCACCAGCUAACAAGGUGAUUUAGGCAUGUCUUGUGAAUAUGUGAUGCUUUGACUCCAUUCACUAUUUUUUUUGAUCUGUUGGUCCAUGACAGUGAAUAAGCAAGUGGUUAUCUGGAUUUCUAUUUGGAUUAUACAAAAUGCAAGAAUGAGUAUUACAAAACA